CAUGACCUUUGGGGCGCAAUGAAGGAAACUGAGGCGGGGUUCUGCUUCCGAGCUCCUCUCCCUGUUUGUGACUUGGAUGAUGACGUACCGCUUUAUCCUGACACGAAACGAUUAAAGUUAUGCUCAUCUCGUGUCUCAAGUGUUUACGAGCGGAUCUUCAAUCGGAAUUGUCGGGAUCUUAGUGGGAAAGACAAAAGCAACAACAUAACAACUUAUAACGGUUCUUCCUUUAGAAAUCUAACACUUUCGAUCAAGUGUUCACUUGUACAUGAUACCUAAAGGUAUAUGGUCUUAUUUGUGGUGCCAAGUAUCCAAAAGUUAGUCAACGUUCAGGUAACUCAUCAUCAUCAUCACUGCACUUACUAACUCUUCCAAAUCUACUACAUCGCUACACCUUAAUCUGGUAUCUAUCAUAACAGUAGUCUUAUUUUCAGUUGCAUUAUUUUCCUGCUUUGAUCGUUUGCUGUCAUCAUCUAGUGAUUAGAAAGAUGUUAAAUAAUGGAAAGUAAUCCACUCAAACUCGAAAUAUUUCUUCACGUAUUUAUCAUGCCAUAUUAUCAGCAUCCCCUAACGGUAAAUUCUGUUUCAGCUACCAUCCGUGAGUUUGAAGGCAUUUAAUCGGCCUGGUGAUGUUUGUCAUUAUUUCCUACAAAGUUUUGUAUCCGAUAAUCGUAUUUACUCGCAAAAAAUGAAGCAGUCAUCCGUUUUCAGCUCUACUCCGUUUAGUGGUCACACAAAGUCAUCUCUAGAGAAAAAUCACAUCUCAUCUGAAAGGCAGAUAUAUCAACGGUUGUUAGAUAAGGCGUCAUCAUUUUCCCGAACUCCUACUGGCAAACCUACAAAUAAUGCAUGUGGUCCCAUCACUAUAAAUCUUGACGAAAUUAAAGAUAAUCACUAUUCUUUAUUGCGACAAUGUAAUCUUUCUCCAAUUCUUCCAAGGAACCGAAUCCAGCGAAUUGACGACGCUAGCACAAAUCAUCAAACUGUCUCUAUCCCAUCUUCAGAUACCAGUGACUCGAAAACUCGUGCCUGGCUUGAAAGUAUUGCAGAAUCUCCCUACUUAUCAGAUAACUGGCUUAACAACUUGACCUCAAGCUAUCAGGCUAAAAAGAAUGAACGUGAACGUGACUAUGAGUUGGCGAGAGCAAACAUACGAUUUUGGGAGAAGCAGCGUGCUUCAGCUGAAAAAGAGCGUAUUGACAAUCUUGAACAGAGACUUGCUUGUUUACUGAGAACACCUCCUAUUCUGGAAGAUCCAUAUUUAGUACCUCAACCUAUUCCCAUUGAACUGCCAUAUAAACCUGUCAAAGUUAAAGAACCCAAAGUACCAGCUCUUCCUGUUUUAACUGCACCUCAACUAGCUGAGAUUGAAGCAGCUCUUCGUACUGGUUCUCCAGAUGAAGUACUUGUAGAUAAAUUUAGAUUAGUUAUUACGCGUCGUGAAUUAAUGACAUUAACUGGAACAAAUUGGUUAAGCGAUAUGGUAAUCAAUUUCUACCUACAAUUGUUACAACAUCGAAGUCAACAUCAAACAAAUCUUCCUCGUAUCGCUGUUUUAUCAACAUUUUUUUAUGCAAAGUUAACAGCACCAAUAGGUGGAGGUUAUUCAGGAGUACGACGUUGGACACGACAAUCAAAAUUAUUUGAUCAAGAUAUUGUACUUAUCCCAAUUCAUGACAGAGGAAUGCAUUGGUGUUUAAGUUGUAUUGAUUUACGUGUCAAAACGAUAACAUAUUACGAUUCCAUGGGUUCUGGUAACAUGAAGUGUUUGGAACAGUUAAUGGAUUAUUUGAAAAAUGAAUCAUUAGACAAAAGAAAUGUUGAACUGCCAGAUCCAGAUUCUUGGAAACUCGUUAAUACAGAGGACACUGUGCCUCAGCAGUACAACGGUUCCGAUUGUGGUGUUUUCCUCUGUACAUUUGGUGAAUUCAUCUCUCGUGAUGCUUCAUUUACAUUUAGUCAGGAUGAUAUGCCAGGAAUACGUAAACGUAUGAUGUAUGAAAUAUUGACACAACAAUUAUUAACUACAAAUUUCAAAUUAAUUGAUGAUGAUAAAUAAAUAAAGAAAGAAAAAAACAAAAUGUUUUUGUUUUAAAUAGAGAUUCUUUUUUCUGCAAUCGUUGUUCUUUUCUUUUUUUCUUUCUUUCUUUUUCUUCUCUCUGUUGUAUUGUAUUGUAUUGUAUUGUAUGUAUGUAUGUAUGUAUGUAUGUCUUUUGUGUCUUUGUUUUCCCCUUACAAAUCUGUACACAAUACCUUUUAUUUAUAAAAGAGUUUAAAAACUUUAUUUUUGUUUAAAAAAAUAUAUAUUCAUAAUAUUCUAUUUCUAUUUAACUGAAUAGAAAGAAUUUCGCUUGUUUCUAUGGAGUUUUGCCUACUUGACUAUUACAUAAUGUUGUAACUCAUCAAAUUACAUGUCUAUCUAUACGAGUUUGAGCGAG